UUGCACGCCUAUCACUCGCCAUUGUACGGUUUACACCAUUUUUCUCUCAGAUUUGUUUUAAUUUUACGUUCACUUUGCACUCAAGAGGAGAACGAAAAAAAGAAAGAAGUAAACGUGGUUGCAAAACUCUCAACGGGCAUGGCCUCAACCGAGAACUCCAGAUCUUCAACCGCGGGGUCUCCUGAUUCAUAUAUAGGCAGCUUUAUAAGCUUGACGUCUAAGUCUGAAAUCCGAUAUGAAGGCGUUCUGUUUAAUAUCAACACCGAAGAAUCCAGCAUCGGCCUGAGAAAUGUAAGGUCAUUUGGGACGGAAGGGCGAAAAAAAGACGGUCCACAAGUUCCAGCAAGUGAUAAAAUUUAUGAGUAUAUACUCUUCCGUGGAAGUGACAUCAAGGACUUGCAGGUUAAAUCAUCUCCACCAGUUCCAACCCCGACACCUAUACACAAUGAUCCUGCUAUUAUACAGUCUCACUAUCCCCAGUCUGCAAUUGCAUCCGGCAGCUUUCCUUCUGCUUCAAGCUCUAUACAAGAUCCAGGUUCCCAAACUUCGUCUAUAGGACUCACAAGGCCAACAUUUCAAGGCAAUCUUCCAUUAUAUCAAGCUGGUGCAAGUUUAGGGCCAUGGGGUUCAUCAACUGCUCCAAAUGCAAACAGUGGGCUUUCCAUGCCUAUGUACUGGCAAGGUUACUACGGAUCUGCAAAUGGUCUUCCUCCACAGCAGCAAACUUUGCUCCAACCCCCACCUGGCUUAUCAAUGCCAUCUCCCAUGCAGCAAUCUAUGCAAUAUCCAGCUAUGAAUGCAUCUUUACCUACUGCAGCUUCUAACAUGCCAGGUUCUCAGUUACCUGAAAACUCUUCUCUUUUGCUGCCACCCUUUGGUUUUGGCCCCAUGAAUUUGCAAUCUUCUGUUCUUCCAGCACAGUCUUCUAACUUAAUUUCAGACUCAUUAACUACUUUGAAUCAAGAUAGGGCUUCUUCUUUACCUCUUCCUACUGCAGCUCCAAGUAGUAGCCUGCCAUUGGUUCCUCCAUCAAGUACUGCUUUAGAUAAAAGUUCUGUAAUGUUAUCUUUUUCUGAAAAACCAAAGACAGUCCCUGAUCAUGUGAUGCCAUUCAAAGGCAUGCCUGAGUCUGCUUCCUCCACCUCAGGGACAAGUUCAGUUUUAAAUGAUGGAAUGCUUCCUUCUUUAGUAACCGGGGGCCAGCUUUUACAACCUGGACUGGUCACAUCAUCUUUGUCUAUGUCUUCUCAAACAGCACAAAAGGAUGUGGAGGUUGUUCACGUGUCAUCUCCAGAAUUGACAUCAGCCCCUGCACUAGCACUUGUACCUGCAAAAACAUCACAACCUGUGUUAGGACAAGCACCACAAUCAUUGUCAGCACAGGCAUCACCACCAUUAUUAGCACAACCGCCAAAAACAGAAGGCCAGGAACCUAUAUUGCCUUCACCUUCACCUUCACCCUCUGAUCAUAAGCUACAUGGAGCUCCAAUGCACAUUUAUCAUGGUUAUAGAGGAGGGAGAGGUAGAGGAAGAGGAGGAAAAGAGAUUGCACUUUCGGCAACCAAAUUUACAGAAGAAUUUGACUUCACUGCAAUGAACGAGAAAUUUAAUAAGGAUGAAGUUUGGGGCCAUCUUGGCAAAAGCAGCCGAGCUCAGGAAGAUGCUGAUGAUUUACAAAAUGAAGAUAGUGUUGAAUCGUCGGAAGUAGAAGUUAAGCCUGUAUAUGUCAAGGAUGAUUUUUUUGAUUCCUUGUCCUGUGAUUCUCUUGGUGGUGGGUUUCGUGGUGGGAGGACUAGAUUUUCAGAACAAAUGAGAAGAGAUACAGAGACCUUUGGCGAUUUCCCAAGGCAUCGUGGCGGUAGAGGCGGCCGCGGACCUUUCCAUGGUGGUCGAGCACGCAGUUCUUAUUAUGGAAGAGGCGGCUAUGGUUAUGGAGGGAGAGGUAGGGGAUAUGGCGCGGAGAAUCGUGCCAACUAGUUAGCAGCUGGAAUCGAGUACAAUUAGUAGAUCAAACUGUUAGCAUAAACGUAUCAACGUAUGUGCCCAUCAAAUGAAGAUUGGUCUUUGAUUGUACUCCUAUAAUGGUACCUGCUUUAGGAUUCAGACUACCGACCUAAAGAAAUAAAAAAAAAAAACAAUCCAGAAGAGGAGAGAGAUUUCCAUUGCACUGCUACAUUAUAAAGGCUUUGAAUGAUUGGCUUGUGAGGGUCAUUUGAUACGUAAACCCUGUGUUCUUUUAUAACGGUAUUCUGUAUUAUGUG